AAUCAUCAUAGUAUAGUUCUUGAAUAUGUGUACCAGUCCAUCCAUACUAUAUAUUAGGCGGCGGAUUAUGUAAAUGUCGAUAAAUCAACGCCAAAGGCACCUGCACAUAGUCCAUGAAAAGGUUAAAGCUAAGAGCUUUUCUCCAAGGUUUCAGGUAAUCCUGGGCUCGUUAGCUUUCGCCGUGUUCUGGGUUCUCGCCGUUUUUCCGGCCGUCCCUUUCCUUCCGGUGGGCCGCACAGCCGGUUCUCUCCUCGGCGCCAUGCUUAUGGUCCUUUUCCGAGUCUCCUCUCCCGACCAAGCUUACGCCGCAAUCGAUCUCCCAAUCCUCGGCUUACUCUUCGGCACAAUGGUCGUUAGCGUCUACCUCGAACGAGCCGACAUGUUCAAAUACCUUGGCAAACUCCUCUCUUACAAAACCCGCGGCCCCAAAGAUCUCCUCUGCCGAAUCUCCCUCAUUUCGGCCAUAAGUAGCGCCCUCUUCACCAACGACACUUCUUGCGUCGUUUUAACCGAAUUCGUGUUGAAAAUCGCCCGUCAGCAAAACCUCCCUCCGCACCCGUUUUUGCUCGCGCUCGCCUCGAGCGCCAACAUAGGGUCGGCCGCCACGCCGAUCGGCAACCCUCAGAACCUCGUGAUCGCGGUUCAGAGCGGGAUCACGUUCGGCGGCUUCUUGCUCGGGAUUUUGCCCGCCAUGAUCGUGGGAGUUUGCGCGAAUGCCGUGAUUCUUCUAUGUAUGUAUUGGAAAUCGUUGUCUGUCGUGCCGAAAGACGAGGAGGAUUUAGGUGAGGAGGUCGUCGUCCGGGAAGAUGACAUCACGUCUCAUCACUUCUCGCCGGCCACGAUGUCGCACCAAGGCUCGUUCGACUCGAAAGAGUUGACCGCGGCAAUCGAGUCGACCGAGUCGAGCCUCAGGAACCGAGUCAACUCGUCCGAGGUGAAUAAUAAUAGCGAGGUUACGGUUAACGGGCACUCUGGUAGGGAUCAUUUCGGCGAGGUGGAGAUUAUCCGGAAGGUUCCGAGCGAGAGGUUGGAAGUUGAGUCGAGGAGGAGCUCGUUUUCGGUUAAUGGGGUUGGGGGCGGGGGAUUGACGUUGUUUGCGGAAGGGAAGUUUGGUUUGUCGAGAAAAUUAACGAGGGGUUUGUGGAAGUCGUGCGUUUACUUAGUCACGUUCGGGAUGUUGGUAUCAUUGUUGAUGGGUCUCAACAUGUCGUGGACCGCGAUCACGGCUGCUCUUGCGCUCGUUGUGCUCGAUUUUAAGGACGCGAGGCCCUCUCUCGAAAAGGUUUCGUACUCGCUCUUGAUUUUCUUUUGCGGGAUGUUCAUAACCGUGGAUGGGUUUAAUCGGACGGGAAUUCCAAGCACGUUGUGGGAAUUCAUGGAGCCAUAUUCGAAAAUCGAUCAUAUUGGAGGGACCGCGGUUUUGGCAGUUGUUAUACUCGUUCUCUCGAAUGUCGCCUCAAAUGUGCCUACAGUGCUGUUGCUAGGCAGUCGAGUGGCGGCCUCAGCUGGCAUGAUAUCGCCAACGAGUGAAAAGAAAGCUUGGCUGAUAUUAGCAUGGGUUAGCACAGUGGCUGGUAACCUCUCCUUAUUGGGCUCGGCCGCUAACUUGAUCGUGUGUGAGCAGGCCCGACGGGCCCAGCACUACGGCUACAACCUCUCGUUUUGGAGCCAUCUCAAAUUCGGGGUCCCGUCAACGAUUAUCGUCACGGCCAUCGGCUUGAUCCUCAUCAGAGGGUAAUUGUGUAAAUUGAUAUGCAUUUGGGGGGGUUUGGGAUGAAAGAUCUGAUGAUGAUCAGCUCGAAAUUAAUUUUUUGUUGUUAAAUUAGUUAUAAUGUGAUAAUAGUUGGAAGUGUGGUGUGUGUGUUUGUGAAUUCAAGUGCAUGCAUGUGUGAUUAGGGCCAUGUUAUAA